AUGAAACUGCAGCUGCCAAACCCAAAACUGGAGGAGAGGAUUCUGUCGCACCAGCAGCUGGAGAGGCUGGAGGUGGAGGAGGCCGGCGACAGGCCCAAGUGGGACAACAAGGCCCAGUACAUGCUGACGUGUGUGGGCUUCUGUGUGGGACUUGGGAAUGUCUGGAGGUUCCCCUACCUGUGUCAGAGCCAUGGAGGAGGGGCGUUCAUGAUCCCGUUUCUGAUCCUGCUGGUGCUUGAGGGGGUCCCACUUCUGCACCUGGAGUUUGCCAUUGGUCAGCGUUUGAGGCGCGGCAGUUUGGGGGUGUGGGCCACGGUUCAUCCCUACUUGACUGGGAUAGGUGUAGCGUCCAUGUGUGUCUCUCUCACUGUCAGCCUCUACUACAACACAAUCAUCGCCUGGAUCCUCUGGUACUUCUUCAACUCCUUCCAGGAGCCUCUGCCCUGGAGCCAGUGCCCCAUAAACGCCAAUGCAACAGGUCUGGUGGCCGAGUGUGUGAGGAGCUCCCCUGUGGAUUACUUCUGGUACCGAGAGACCCUGAACACGACCCCCAACAUCGAGGAGGCCGGGGGUCUGCAGUGGUGGGUGCUGCUGUGUCACGUCUGCGCCUGGUCCCUGCUGUACGUCUGUGUCAUCCGGGGAAUAGAGACCACAGGGAAGGCGGUUUACGUCACGUCCACGCUUCCAUACGUGGUGCUGACCAUUUUCCUGAUCCGAGGGCUGACGCUGAAGGGCUCCUUCAACGGAAUCAAGUUCCUCUUCACGCCUGACUUGACAGAGCUGGCCAAGUCGACGACGUGGCUGGACGCAGGCGCUCAGGUUUUCUACUCCUUCUCUCUGGCGUUCGGCGGCCUCAUCUCCUUCUCCAGCUACAACUCAGUGCAUAACAACUGCGAGCAGGACGCCGUCAUCAUUUCCAUCAUCAACGGCAUCACCUCGGUCUACGCAGCCACGGUCAUCUACUCCAUCAUCGGCUUCAGAGCCACGGAGAGAUUCGACAACUGUCUCGCUGGCAACAUCCUGACUCUGCUGAACACAUUCGACCUCCCAGAGGGGCACAUCACCGACACCAACUACGAUCAGAUGCUCACCCACCUGAACACAACCAGUCCUGAGAUUAUCCGAGAGCUGGACCUGCAGCCCUGUAAUCUGGACACCUUUCUCAGUGAGGGCGUCGAAGGAACCGGUUUAGCUUUCAUCGUCUUCACCGAGGCCAUCACCAAGAUGCCCGCCGCACCUGUGUGGUCCAUUCUUUUCUUCAUCAUGCUCUUCUGCCUCGGUCUCUCCUCCAUGUUUGGGAACAUAGAGGGCGUGCUGGUCCCACUGCAGGACCUUCAGGUGCUCCCCAAAACAUGGCCCAAGGAGAUCCUGACAGGUCUGACCUGCCUCCUGUGCUGCCUGGUGGGUCUGAUCUUCAUCCAAGCCUCUGGGAACUACUGGCUGUCCUUGUUCGACACCUACGGAGGGUCCAUUCCCCUGCUGGUGGUGGCCUUCUGCGAGAUGUUUUCAGUGGUCUACAUAUACGGAAUUGACAGGUUCAACGACGACAUCAAGUUCAUGAUCGGACACAAGCCCAACAUCUUCUGGCAGCUCACCUGGAGAUUCAUCAGCCCGCUCAUCAUGUUCGUCAUCCUGGUCUUCUACUUCAUCACCAAGGUCACCGAAAAGCUCUUUUACAAGACGUGGGAUCCCGAAUCGGAGACUUUCCCCACCCUGGAGGAGAAGUCCUACCCAGCCUGGAUCAGCGUGAUCAUCUUCAUUCUGGCAGGAAUCCCCAGCCUGGCCAUCCCUUUGGUGGCCAUGUGGAAAUGCUGGAGAGCCAGAAGAGGCUCGAAGACGGAGCACCGCAUGACCUCCGAGCAUCACUGA